AUGAACCUGACGUUAAGUCUUGGCAUCGAUGGCGGCGCGGGGGCGGUGGCGGCCAAGAAGAAGCGUAAGGUGGUCGGGGACGGCGGCGUCAUGCAUGGUGGCGAUGGUGUGGAGCGGGGUGUCAGGUUCGUCACGAGGACGAGGGUUCCACAGGCGAGAGAUCGGAUGGUGAAGAAGGAGGCGGAUGGGUUUGAUCGUGGGGAUGAUGGUGGAAUGGCGGCGGCGUCGUCGGAUGGUGGCGGCGUGGAGCUGGUUCGUCUGCUCCUGUCGGCGGUGGCCGCCGGGGAGGUGGGCGACGUGCAGGCGGCGGGGGAGGCUCUGCAGGAGGUCCAACGGCGCGCGCUGUGGCCGUGCCGAGCCGGCGACCCCGGACAGCGCGUCGCGGCGUGCUACGCGGACGCGCUGGCGUCGAGGCUGGCCGGGCUCCGGCCGUCGACGGCGAGAUCGCCGGCGGCCGCCGCGCGGGACGAGGAGUUCCUGGCGUACACCAUGUACUACCAGGCGUCGCCGUUCUACCAGUUCGCGCACUUCACGGCGAACCAGGCGAUCGUGGAGGCGUUCGAGUCCGGCGGCCGGCGGCGCCUCCACGUCGUCGACUUCGACGUGUCGUACGGGUUCCAGUGGCCUUCUCUGAUCCAGUCCAUGUCGGACGCCGCCUCCACCACCACCAGCUCCUCCCACGACGACGACGGCCGCUGCGACGGGCCGGUGUCCUUACGGAUCACCGGCUUCGGCUCGAGCGCCGACGAGCUGCGGGAAACCGAGGCGCGGCUCACGCGGUUCGCGGCCAGCUGCCCUAACCUACGGUUAGAGUUCGAGGGCAUCCUGAACGGAUCGAACAGCCUCCAUGAGCGUAUAAGGCUCGACGACGACGCCACGGUGGUCGUCAACCUGGUAUUCCCGGCGGCGCAGAACGCGACGAAUAGCUCAAGAGAAGCGUGCGUCGCCACAGCUAUGGCUCACAUCCACUCUCUGAGCCCGUCCAUGGUGUUCUUGAUCGAGAAACACGACGGCGGUGGCGAUCCUACUGGCGGCGACAACGCCUCAAGCGCAAGCGUGCUCCCGUGGUUCGCUGCCAACCUCCGGUACUUCGCCGCCGUGUUCGACUCGCUCCACGAGUGCCUCCCGGCGGACAGCGCCGAGAGGCUCGCCAUCGAGAGGAACCACCUCGGGAGGGAGAUCGGCGACGCGGUGGCCUCGUUGAGCCACCACUGCCAUGGCGGCGGCACCGGCGGCGGAGUCGAUCACGCAGCUAGCUGGAAGGCGGCGCUGGAGAGCGCCGGGUUCGAGGACGUCAAGCUGAGCUCGAGGACGCUGAGCCAGGCGAAGCUGCUGCUCAAGAUGAAGAGCGGGUGCGGCGGCGGCAGCGGCGGCGGGUUCCGCGUCGCGGAGGGCGCCGCCGGCAGGGCCAUGACGCUGGCGUGGCGUGACAUGGGUCUGGCUACAGCGACUGGGUGGCGGCGCCGCCGGCGAUGUCGGUGA